AAGGAAAUUACAGGAAGGGGGAGUGGGGCACCACUUCCUUGUAGCCCUCGCAAUCAAAACAUUAUUCGUGCGCAAUGGGAGAGUCUGCAUCCCCAAAAGGACAUCUCCUAGUCUAGCAUUUGGCGCACAUUGUCGGGAAGCUCCGCGGACAGCGUUUGUUGCACCAUGCUUCAGCUGAACGACACGGUGGAUCCGGAGAGCCCGGGCGCUGCGAUUCUCCACCCCGCAGAAGCAGAGGAAGGGGUCGAGGUUGCCUUCACGCCGCCGGAGGCCGGACGAAGCCUCGGACACGGAGUCUCCGUGGCCUGCUGCCCCCCGUUACAAACACUGACGCCUUUUCACGUUCACAACCCCACAAUCCAAGCCAAAGUGAAGGACUAUUUCGUGUUCAGGCCAGGUACCAUUGAGCAGGCGGUGAGUGACAUCAGGACCGUGGCACUCCCUUCUGAGGAUGGAGAGGUGCUCAGUGUCUGGCUGCUGGCUGAAGUUGACCACUGGAACAAUGAGAGGGAGAGACUUGUGCUCAUAACUGAUAGGUCGCUGCUGGUGUGCAAGUACGACUUCAUCAACCUGUUGUGCCAGCAGGUCGUCAGGAUCUCUCUCAACGCCGUAGACACCAUCUCAGUGGGCGAAUUUGAGUUCCCACCCAAAUCCCUGAACAAGAGAGAAGGCUAUGGGAUUCGUGUCCAGUGGGACAAACGCCCUCGGGCCUCGUUCUUAAACCGCUGGAACCCCUGGUCCACAGACAUGCCCUAUGCCACCUUCACAGAGCACCCCAUGGCCCACGCUGAUGAGAAGGUGGCCUCUCUUUGCCAGAUGGACAACUUCAGGACCCAGCUGGUGCAGGCGGUAAAGAAAGCCCACAAAGAGCACCCCAUCCCCGGUCGGGCUAACGGUGUCCUGAUCCUGGAGAGACCCCUGCUCAUCGAGACCUAUCUGGGCAUCAUGUCCUUCAUCAACAAUGAGGCCAAACUGGGCUACUCCAUGACCCGUGGCAAGAUCGGCUUCUAAGAUCCACAGUUUCUCAUUAUCACAACAGAGUUCAACCCAUGUGUCUGUGUUAACACUGCGCUGUCUGAGGGAAGCUGUCGCUCCACUGCAGUAUAAUGCGCAACCAAUCUGUGUGUGUACGUUGAUCCCAUGAGAUGUCCACACCUCCUGAAGUUGGUGUUACAGACAAGUGGUCAGCCUACUGUAGGCGAAUGAUGCGCAGCAGUGCAUGGACUGUUUGCUAAUUUGUUAUUACGUCUCCAGUCCCCCCCCUUUGCUCUCAGAUCUGCCAUACCCUCAGGGGCCUUAGGAGUGUAUGCCCAUGUGACAUAAGCUGGAGAGAAAGAACACAGCACUUGCAUUAAUUCAUCACCACUGGACUUAUUCUAAAUUAAGUUUCUUGUAGUCUACUGCUCCUUAUUUAAUCGCUGAUUGACAUACUGUGAUGUUUAGAUGUUGGUAGAGGGAUACAAACAUCAGGGUUGUUAUUUCAGGGUUAAUGAUGUGCUUUGUUUGAGAUAUUUUUCUGCAGCACAAAUAAAUAAAUAAAUAAUAAAACAGGCCCAGAGGGAAGCUGUGGAACAUGCAAUGAAACAGUAACAUCAGCCAAGAAGAUGUUCCGUAUUUGCUACACAAAUAUGGUUUGAAAUGAAGGAUUGUGCUAUUCAGAGGGUCAUGGGGUAACUUCACGGUAUGGAAUAGCAGCUGAUUGAUUAACGGUCAUGUCACAUGAUUAUUGUAAUAAAUGCUAUUUAUAGGGAAACUGUUCCAGGAACUGAACGGCUAUACUGAAAAUCUGUGAGCUCCGCUGUGUUACUUGGAAAAUAACAGCUGGAAUUCACUAUUGAAACUUGUUCAGUGGAAAUGAAUUACAUGUUGUGACCUUUUUCUCUUGAACACAGUUGUGGUCUCCAUGUUUACGUCCACCUAAAUUAGGUCAUUGCUCAGAGUAGGGAACUGAUGUGCCACUUGGAAAGCUGCAUUAGCUACAGCUAAACAUAUGUUACAGAUGUUUUAUGCAAUUUGUUAACCCUGUUUAUGUUUGUUUGUAAGUUGCCUUAACGGCCCUACAACUUGCAUUUGUUUUGAGCAGUUAUUUGCACUGGGAAUAAUGGUUGGGUUACAAAAUGAAAUACAUACAGACAAAGCUCUGCAUCAAUUCAUUAACCCACAUGCUGUAUGUAUCUGUCACAGAAUUUAGGUGAUUUUAUUUUAUUAUUGUGCUACCAAAGGUAACAGGCCAUAUUUUCAUGUUCGACAAUGCCAAUGAAUAAUUGUGUCCUAGAAUGCCUUUCUCUGAUCGUAACUUGUGCAUGUUCCCUGCACGUUGAGUUUGCAUGACAAAUGUUUUUUAAAGGAAUAUCCUUAAUGGAAUUGUAAAUAGUGAUUAGGUUUUAUUUAUCUGAUGAUAUUUUGAUGCAGUUAACUUAUGAAUGCUUCUAGAAAAUGAACAUUUCAUUGCCAGUUCUUCAGUAUUUCAUUUAAGGGUUUAAAAAGAGAUUAAUCCGUUAUUACAAAUGAUGUGAAGGCUUACUUUUUGUUCUAGGUACCUGUAGCACAGUCGUCACAAUGGAAAAUAAUACAUGUCUACAUGUUCUUGUCUGGACCGUCAUUGUUAAGAAAUGCAUUUGCAUUAUGUUUGUACUGUCAAGGACUAAAUUACAGUUCAGGUUGCUGUACAAUUGAAGCUUUUAUAAAUGGGACAUCAUACGCACAGAUGAUGCCUUUCAGCCAUGUAAUACAGUCCUCAUAUAUUUAGCACUGCCUGGUUGUUGUUUGAAUUCUUUACUGGAUUUUCAGUUUGGUCAUAGCGGGUAACAGCUAUUAAAUCCUAACAGUGAUGAUGCAGUGUUUCCAGAAUAAGAUGAUGCCACUCAUGUGACAGUAAGAACUGCACACUGUACAAUGCUUUAGAAAUACACUUUGAAAAAUC